CGUUCGGGCGCCGGAAGCGUGGGAUCCUCUGGGUCCCGCCCCAUUCUCUUGUCUCCGGGGCAACCGGCCGCAGCUCGGUCACUGUGUCUCCGCACCCGCUCACCGCGCGUCAUUGCCAGUCCACCCAGAAUGGCUUCCAAUCUGGCUCCUAAUCCCGAGUCGUUCGCUGACGUGGAGAACGAGACUGCCCAGCAGCAAAGGCCCUCGGUCUCGUGGAACUUAAGCUUGCCCACGGUCAAUACAGCCGCCACCCAAGCGACCCCCACUUCUGCCGCCUAUUCGGCCUCAUCCUUUCUCCGGCGCCGUAGGUUCGGCAACGGCCCCGAAGUCAAUUUAGGGAGCCAGCCGCACAUCAUCUUCCUGCGCCCGCGGACCGCGCAGCCGCUAGUGCUCUUCAGCUUAUUGAAUUCCAGUGAAGCAGCUGUGACAAAAUUUUUACCCAAGAGCCACUUAUCUCGGGUGAUUAUUCGUGACAACCUCAAUGCACAACGACUCUAUGAGAUGGAGAUUAAAGCUACAGAAAAGACCAAGAAAAAGAUGAGCCACUUGCAUGACCACCUGAAAAAAAAGUUCAUGAUGGACCAGAUCAGAAAGCUGGGGCGCUGGAAACGGGAAUCCAUGAAUAUCAGGCAUUACCUGGAUAGCUCCCGAGUAGCAAAGCCACUUUAUUCUAACAAGAAAGCCAACCGCUCUAGUCAAGGCAAUUGGUAUCCACGGGGACCAUGACAACACUCUACUGACAGGAGGAGAAGAUGUGGGAGCUAGCCAGCUAACACCAUCGUAGAACAAUAAACGGAGACCAGCAGGCAGUGGAG